GCUGUGGGGUGAUAUCCAGUCGGGUAAGAGAGCUUCGUCUGGUCCGCGUCGAUCAUUACCUGACGGAGCGCAGAGCCCGUCGAAGACGCGACGAAAGAGAAGAUGAGGGUUUACUCGUUUCUACCCGUCUCUCUUCGCCCUGCUCGGCGUCGCGAAUACUGAGAGGAAUAUACCAUCCCUGUAUUUCCAUUCCAUCGAAGGAGCCAAGUCCAUGUCAGUAAAGCGUCGACGACUCCCCUGGUUCCGGAGGAUUUCGGGGCGACCGGCUGUUCGAUUCGGAAUAGCUCGGUGUCAGGUCCAUAUCUUUAUCAGCGAUUAAAUAAACGCGGUCGACCUCGACUGUCAACUCGCCUUGGACCGGCCUUGCGCGACCAGCGACCACGUCAUCGGCAUCCCCGGGAUACACGCGCGUGUACGUAGAGACCAGUGUAUACGCUGCGUAUGGUGUCGGUGUGCGUGCGCGGUGAAACAACACACACCACCUGUGGCACAUCCGUCAUCCGUCGUCGUAUUUACGUCGGUGGUCUCUGUCAUACAUAUUGUUGCGUUAAUUGGAAAUUCAGCAAUGAUAUCGUUCGUCUCGGCGGCUGUUUCGAAUGCAGAUUGGAUGCUGGCAUUAAAACCGAUGUAACUUCGGAUUAGGACACGGAAAUUGCCGUCGUCGAUGAUACUAUGACCAAUCAGAUGUCCAUAUCGUUCCACUCCUGCAUCAAUAUGGACGAGCACGAGAAGAAUUUGAUGACGGGAACGUUGGAGCAGAGGAAAGAGGCUUUCAAGGAGGACGAGGAACUCAUGAGAGAAACCACGAAAUUUAUCAGUGAAGUAAUAGAGACCGCCGCUACGGAGGCUUCGAAAAGAAAGAUUCAAUCAGAGGGAGCUGACACAAGCGAGGGUAGUAGAUUGAAGGGUGGCGAUACCAUCGCUGGCUGGAACAAUCGAGCGCGUGGAUUCUGCAAUCGUAUUCUGAAUGCGCUUUGUCCGUGCUUCACUAACCAUGAACUGUUCGCCUGGACUCCGUACCGGUAUCGCUUCACAAGACCUUAACCGUUCGAUGACUCCCCGGAUUUUCCGUUCCGUCGUACGAGCUUGCCACAAGCAAACAAACAAACAAAAUAGGUUUAAGUUCUUUCCAUUGUCAAUUCAUAUCUUGAAUCGCGUUUCUCGUGCGAGUCAACUGAAGACAUUACGUACCUAUAUGUGUGAGAAUCACGGCGCGCCUUUCUAAAUCUCGCUCUCUAAAUCUGGCUGGAGUAAAACACAUUAAGGAAAGUAUAUUAAUUGCGCGUAAACAAUAAAGACUACAGUACGGCAUACAAAUCGCCAUUGUCGAUAUAUAAUAUGUGCUCUGAUGAUUAAUCUUCCUGAUGUCUCGUGAAGAAAAACGAGAGCUUAAUCUGCUGUGGCUGCUGUGCAGCCGGGCGUGAAAUAAGCUACAUUAGUGUUCAAUGGAAGAGGAUAACUAUAAGUGUAAUUGGAAGUGGCUUAUGUAACAUUUUUAUUUUGGAACAGACUGCGUCGCCUUGUAGAGCAGUUUGAUGAAGAUAAAAAAUACGGCAAUAGUUAGUUUCUUAUUUUGUUCGACUUUGAAAUAAAUAUCAUUUUACUAUGUAAUGCCUUCCAAUUUUAUAAGUUUCUCAAAUAAAGCACCUUGGCAAUAUAAUGCCGUGUGACAAAUAGUUCCUCUCUCGCAUUCUUCGCAAUAUUAAAUUUGCUUUGAUCUAACGUAUAAAAAUGAAAUUUUUAUAUACAAUUAAACAAAAUAUGUAAUAUUUCGAUUUUAAUGUUUUUUACAUUUUCUCUACAAAGCUAUAACAAAGUGAUGAUCUCUAUAAGUGCAGAUGUGUAUAAUUUUAUAUUAUACAAAAGUUGAAUAUUGGAAUUUAUAAAUGACAAAAUGUAUAAAAAAAAGUUAAAGAGAUAUGAUGACGUGUAUUAUACCGAGAUUUAUGAGACUUAAAUAAAAUUUGACAUAUCGGAUAUAUUUUAAAUUGUAAAAAGAUUAUAUUAUAUCCUGACAAAAGAUUAUAUCCUGUGACAUAUUAUAUAUAACUUGCUUAUAAUUUGUUAAAUAUACCUUAAAGGGAUAUAUACACGACACGAUCAUUUUUUAAUUAAUUUCGGAAUAUUUAACUAUUUACGUCUGUUCUCAAAUUUGAAGGCAUUAUCAAGCAUAGCAAUAAUGCAUGUGUGCAUAUAACUAGAAAAUUUGUAUCAAAACCGAACACUUUAUGUGUAUUAUGUGUCAUAGAAUGUCAAGCAAGAUAAUUAGUCAAAUGUACCGUGCUCCGUGAUGUUGUCAAUAUUAGUUUUGAAAAUUAUCAAAGAGGGUUUCGUUAUAUAGAUAAGCAACCGUAACGUUAUUGCUUGUUAGGCGCAGGAGAACCGGAUCAAUACCGUUGGUAUAUGGAACACAUGUAUGUCAUUAUCAGAAAUGUAGAUGCGUGUGCGUGUGUGUGUGCGUGUGUGUGCGUGUGUAUGUGUGUGUGUAUGUGUGUGUGUAGUAUUAUCAUAUUUAUUUUAUUCUUCCCGAAUCUGCAAAACCUCGUUAAGACUGCGGAAAAGAUUACUUUGUACGCGGAUCGCGUUGUACGUAAUAGAGAAAUUAAUCGGUUGCAAGGAUAACUUUCAAUAAUUAAUUAACUAUGUUCUCAAAACUGCUGUGUGUUAUUCGUACUCACAUUAAAUGUACCUGUUUCAAUCAACAUUAUAUAAGCCAUUAGAUAUAAUUGUAUAAUUACAUCGUUACACAGGGUACAUUCCCGAAGAAAGCAAUACGUGUGACAGUAAAAUUUCCCUCGGUACAGAAUUCAAUAUUGAAUUUCUCACAAUGAAUAUUAAAACUAGGCUGUGUUUAUUCUGGUGAAAAAUUUGAUUUUACAAACAAUUGAUUCGGAAAAAUGUCGAGACAAGUGUCCUCGACAUUUGUCCUUUUUUAGAGUGGAUACUCGGCGCAUUCCGUGGAUGCUCCCUGCAAUACGCCUUCGGAAGAAAGGAUCGAUACAAAUCGUUUGCGGUUUAUUCCCUGUGUAACGUGUCUCUGUCGCGUACAUAAACGCGGCUAUAUUUCGACGUUGAAACAUUGGCGGAACAUUGGAAAGGUGUCGGAAAGAAAAUCAAUAUAUCCACGCGGUCCUUGUUUCGACUACGAAUCGCCGUUGCGAAGUAUAUGCCGCCUACAUAUUUUGGCGAAAGCUAACGGGAGCGGGUGGCUUUUCCCUCCAUUUCGCUCUUAAUCGUUCGUCUAUAUGUGCAUAUUUUAAUUCCGAUCAUAGUGUGCAAGGGGCAUGCUAGGAGGUUGCGGGGGUCCAAUAUGUGUUUAUUUUCUUGCACACAUAUACACCUACACAUGCAUACUAUACACAUAUGCGCGCACAAACACGUACACAUAUACUUAGCAGAUUGUCCCUGAUAAUUUGCUGAACUGAAUUCUCGUUCGCAUAUUCCUGGAAUAAGGAAAGACUUUACGCAAAGAAGUACUUCACGUUGCCUAUUUAGAUGUAUAGAGGGAUCAACAGUGUACUAUGUAUAUCAGAGACGAGUGACAAUCAAAUGUGUGUGAAUUGUCGUGAUAUAUGUACAUAUACAUAUACAUAUAUAUGCGUUAUAUAUAAAUACAGAUAUAUAUAUAUAUAUAUAUAUAUAAAAUUUAAUAUCGCGUUGAACUUUGUAUUUUACGUUACCGGAACACUCAAUAUACUAUACAAAGGAAUAUAUUAUAUUGCAUCGUUUUUAUCUUCAGUGCCGUGAAAUUGCAAGCUAGCUCUAUAGCGAUUACUGACAGAUAUCAGACUACCAGUCACGUAUCAGAUUCACAGAUUCACCGCACUUAUGAAAGUAUUAUUCUGAAAACGAUGUCGCGUAUAUAAAUGCAGAAUAAAUAUUUACGUUAAAGGGAA